UCCUCAUUCAGGCUACAGACUGACCUGCACAUCAUGUGCUGCUGAAAUACUGCAUGUGUGUGGUGGAAGAGCACGGUAUCAUCAGCAAGGAAGAUUCCAAGGAAAUAACAGAACCCCAGCAGGUUGAUCUGUGCCUCAUGCUCCUGCCUGACGUGCAGUGAGUCGAUGUGCUCACACCUCCCAUAGGAAGGCUGCUGUGCUUCGACAUCUCUGGAGCCAAUUUUGAAUGUGAUGGAAGGAGAUGCUGAGCCGUAUCAUCACACACGAGUCAGAGGUAGCUGAAUUCUUGCUUUUCAAGCAUUCUCCAAUUUGCUUUCCCUUUUUACUGAGUACUUGAUUAUGUGGCCAUCAUAAAGCUCUUUCAUUACAAAGUGAACGCAAACGUGGAAUAAUUGGAAGAAGAUGAAAAGGAAAAAAGAAAUGUAUACAAAACCAUGAGGAAAAAAAAAUAGAGUAUUAGAAAAAGGCAAGAGAAGAGGGUGGGGAUGGGAUUUGAAAUGGAAAGAGACAGAGCCUUGCAAUCUUUGGUCAUCCUUCACCUCGGUGAGUGGACUCAUGAUAUUUCUAAAAGAAGGAAGGAAGAAGGACAGCAGCACAGCCUGGAUCCCAGAUGACACAGGGCAGAAGAAAGGGAAGUGUUCUUGACUUGUCUUCUGCUCCAAGAAGUGUGGAGGUCUCUCUUCAAGCAUAGGAGGAGGAGAGCGGAGCUGCAGUCCUGGGAGGAUGGGAGCAGUGGUGCUGGUGCUGGUGGUGGUGAAGGCUUUUGUUGGCUGCAGGGCCCUCCUGGAUCUGUCUGGUGCAGCUCAGGUCAAAGGGGUAUGGAUGGGAUCCACCACUAUACCAUGUACCUACACGCCUUCACGAGGUUUCACACAGCAGGUGCUCACCUGGCGCGUGGAGAGAGACCUCAGCACCUCCACCAUCUUUCGGAGGGAUGCUUCUGGUGAUCACAUCCUGUUAUCUCGGUUCCGAAACCGAGUCAGUGUCCCAAAGAGCAGCCCAGGGGAUGCCUCACUCCACAUCACAGACCUCGAAAUUCCUGACAGCGGACACUACACCUGUCAAGUCAGCUGGAGGUCUGAAAACUACAGCCUGAUAACGAAGGAGGUGACCACUACGGUUAAAGUCACCAAAGUGGCUGUGACCAAGCCCACCAUUGUGGCUGGAGAGCUGGGGCUGGCUGUGCCGGUGGGAGCCAAGGCUAGCCUGACCUGUGUGGCACAAGGGUCCCCCCCCAUCAGCUACCACUGGUUCCGCAUGGCACCAGGCAGGAGUGGGCAGCUCCUGGGCAAUGAAGCUGAGCUGGUGUGGAGCAGCCUGCAGCCCUCUGAUGCAGGGGUGUACUACUGCGAGGUGAAGAACAGGGUCAAUACCCAGAUGGUGCAGCGCAGUGAUGCUGUUGAGCUGACAGUGAGAGAUCUGUCUGUCACGAUGGAGGCACACCGCCCAGCCACAGAUCUGCCUGAAGCUGCAGUGACUUCUGAGAAUGUUGUGGGAUACCCAGAAACAGAUGAAACAACUCAGAGUUCCUGGAGGACUCACCUGUACCUGGUCAUCCCGAUUGCUGUGUUGGGUGGUGCUGUGGUUUUCCUUGUCAUUUUUGCUAUUGCUUGUGCUAGAAAGCCCAAAAAUGAAUCCAUCUAUGAAGUUGCUUUCCACAGCACUGCAGAUGUGAUUAGAUUGGACACUGAUGUGGAAGUCCCUGUUAAGUGCAGAAAAGAGAAGAUAAAUUCUGAGACUGAAGAAUCCUAUGAAAAUGUUACCGUGACAUGUAACAACUAUGAGAGCAUAACAGGCAACAGCUAUGAGAGCACAUGCCUGAGUAAAGAUGCUGAGAGUGAGACCCUUGUGAAUGCAAUGGAAUCAGAAUACGAAGUACAGAACUUUCAGUAGAGUACCAGCAUUUCCCACGUGAGCAGCUGUGCAGAAGAUGAGGCUACAGAUACUGAGCGGUAAACUUUACCAAGGGAAACUAUUCUUCCUGUCUGCCUUCUCCUCUGAUAAAUAUACCAGUUUUACUGCUUUCUUUAACUCAGGGGAACUUCUUAGGAUUUGGCAAAUGAGUCCCUGCCCAGUGGUGCAGAAACCUUCAGCCACACAUUUUUAAAUAGCAAAUAAUUUCUGAGCAGCCUGAAGGAGCAAAGUGAGAAAGAAAGGGUCUGAAGGGGUGGAAACAGAAACGUCCUUUGCCUCCAGGUCAAAGUGCAGCUGGGUGCAACACUGCUAGCCAAUAACACCAGCAAGGCGCACUCUCCAGCGCAUGUUCCCCUGUUUGGGCAUGCCAGACUGCGAGGAGCCAAGAACUGUACUGGAAAUGGAUGGCUUCUGGCUUUUACAGUCCAGCAGAUACUGGUUGUACUGCUUGUUUGUUCUGGAGUUGUCUUGUUGUUAGAGGAUACUAAAAAGACUACAGAAGGGGUUGAUAUCCCAGGAAUAUCAUUUAGCAAUCAAACUGGAGCUCCUCACAAGUGGGAAUAACCCUGUAGGUGAUGAGCCUCUUAACUAGCACCCUCUGUUUUUCUUCUGGCAAAGCAGAGCUGGUUUUGAAGGGAUUGCUAGCACUUCAUUUUGCAGUGUGGAAGCCAGAAGCAUGAUAAAAAAGUGUUGCAGAGAGAAAUCUGAGGCAUUUGGAACAGUGACUGAGUAAGGGAGAUCCUGGAUCCAGCAGACUGACACCGACUCACUGUAUGGGACAUGACUAAAUCUGGUUACACUUGUGAUGUUCAUGCUUGUCUAUCUAAUGAGGGUGCCGUGAGCUUUCAUUUGUAAAAUGCCUUGAUUAGUGCACUGCCAUUUGUUUCCCAUGGCAAAUAUAAAGUACUUCAAAAGCA